CGGCCACGGCAAUCUGUGUACGAAAGCCCUUACGCACCAUCUGAUUUCACUCUAAAUAUAUUCCCGCAAUACGAAGAACUCUUUUUAUAUAUAUUGAUCAUACGAAGUGAUCUUCUCCAAAGAUGUCAACCGAAAGUAUAAACAUUUCGGAAUGUGACUCCCUUGAAUCAGCGCCCUUGGCGAAAUCAGAGUCUGCUGAAAGUAUUAAAAAUGGUGAUGGUGUAACAAUAGACUGUUCCGAAAAAAUUAUUGAACUUUGUUGCAACAUAAGAGAAAUGGAAAUCAUAAUUUCCUCGGAUAAGGAUAUGUCAAGAACUAACGUGGACACUAUCGUAAGAUAUGAAGAACUCUUAGAUAGCUAUUUUUUUGAAAUAUCUUCUUCGAAAGAUCAAAAAUUGGAUGAUAUUAUAGUUCUUGCUAUAUCUUUCAUGGGUAUGAGUAAGAUAAAACUUCCAUUUGAUAUGACUGAACAAGAACAUUUACAUAUAGCCAGAUAUUUUGUUUUGCAAAGUUUGACAUUGCUAAAGGGCAAAGAAUUAAAUAGUAGAGUUAUUCUCACAGCAAUAUCAGCUCUUAAUCUAAUGAGCGACAUUUGCAUUAAACUAAGAAACGAAGAAUUAUCUUUACAAUAUUUAAAUAAAGCUUUAGAUUUAUAUAUAGCAUACACAAAAGGACAGGACGAUUUUCCUGCUCCCAUUAAUAUGUUAAAUGUUCCGAAUAUUAAUACUACUCCGACAAAUAAUGUCUAUUUAUUGGACGAAAUAUUUAUGAAAACUUUAAGGUUUUUGAUAACGUUAGGAUGCAGCAUCAAAGAUCUAGCUAUAGAUAUGCAGAAAAUGACAACAUAUAUGCAUAAGUUAUUAAAGAAACAUUUGGAAAAUAUACCACAAAGUAUAGAUUAUAUAUCAUGGACUACGGAAGCAAUAAGAUUAGCUGGAUAUUUUUCAUCAUGCGAUCGCUUCGCCGAAUGUAAAAAUCAUCUUAGUUUUGCGUCUAUUAUCGCAACAAAAUUUUACAACAAUUGCUGCAAAAUCGAUCCGAAAACAUCUACUGAAGAGAAUAAGACUUUCUACUGCCAUUAUAAGUCUAUCGUUUCUGUUAUUGAUGUAUCCUGGGUGAAAUAUGGACUCGCUCUUUUGUUUUCGUCGAGGAAACGAUUGUUAAAUCAGGAGGGACAAGACAAUAUUGUGGAGAUAAAUCGUUGCAAAUCAGAAUCAGUAACAGUUAGCGUAGCGCAGCAAUCCACCAAGCAAUCCACAGAAUUAUUGAUGUUUCCGUGUACAGAAAAAGAGUAUGAAAAGUUUAUACAUAUAACCGGAGAAAAUUACAUUACAACGUACACGGAAGCGAAAGAAAUUUUUGUAAAUAUUCUUCAAUUGAUCAAUAAAAUAAAGGUUGAUAAGUUAGUUUCGGAGGACACUGAGGUUCGCGUUGAAAUCGCACAAUAUAUUUCCAGAGCGUACAAAUAUCUUGCAUUUUAUGUAGACGACAAAGUCAAUCAUGUAAAACUACAAAAACGACGGAUAGAUGUUUUAGAAGAGUGCUUAACAUCACUUAAUGAAAAAGAGCACACGAUUAUGUACGUUCUUAUAAGGCUUGAAUUAGCAUUUAUUAAUUCUACUAUUUUAAAUAUUAAACUUGAAAGUACAAAAAAAAAUAAGACAUCUGAAAAAGAAUCUAAAAAAGAAUCAGAAGAAAUUAAUCAGUUAAUAGAAAAAAAUAAGACCUAUUUGCAGUUUUAUAUUGAUAAUACUAAAGGUAUAGAGAAUGCACUGAAAAGUAGACUGAUAGAUGAAAGUUAUCAAGUUAUUUCUUCGUUAAAUGUACAAUAUUCCUUAAGGUAACAGAAUAAUAACACAGAAAAGAAUAGAAUUUUAAUAGUUAUCUAAUAUCACACACAAUUAUGCAUAAAUAAUUUAUUUUUAAUAACAUUAUAUAUUGUUUAAGCUCUUUUUUAUAGUGUUCUCGAAAAUAUUUAUAAUUUGAAUAAAAAGUAUUUGACAAACAUUAACUGAAAGAUUUAUAAUUAGAAAUUGUAUAUUUGAUUGGCAUUUUAAGGAAUAUCUUGACUUGUGCUAAUAUAAUUUAAGUAAAAAGAACAAAAAUAUAUUUUAUAUAUCUCUCUUUGUGUAACUAUAUAAGAAACAUAAAUAUAAUUGAAUUGUAAAUAUAAUUAACACUAAUUUUAAUUUAAUUAUGUUUUCUUUGGGCGCGAAUAUGCUUUAAGUAUUCUCGGCAUAUAAGUACCACUCACAUCGUUUAUUUAGACAUUGUAUGCGAUUAUAGAUAUCUAGUUAUAAAAUAUAAUAGAAAUUUACUGCAGAACAACACAAUGAGGCGGAGAAAAAAAUAUCUUUAAUAGCGUUCCAGACAGUAUAAUCUAUUAGCCCUUGUCCUCAAUCUUAAGACGUAAGUCGUAAACACAGUCGAUUAUUUUUCUAAAAAUCAAUUCUUCUACAAACCAACCAUGGUUGGUCAAUUUCUUACGGUUUAUGUCUUAAAAUAAAAUUGUGGACAAGAGCUUAAAGGAUAUUUUAAAGACGUCUUACAUGUCUUUUGGACGUCUUUGAAACACGUUUUAAUCAUUUGUGCUAAAUAACUACCUGGAGAAAGUAAAUUCUGAUUUCAUAGAACCUAUAGAGAAAAAACAAGAGCGCUUAUAUAUCUCCAGUAAAAUAGAAAAUCAUGGUUUGUGACGUUAAAAUGACGAGAAAAUGAUCUAAUUGCGAUUGAAAACUACGUUUUAAUUUUCUCGUCAUUUUGACAUUAUCGUGACUUUUUGUUCCAUUUGACUAUUUUAUUUUAAUUUAAUUAUCUUCUAGGAAAAAAUUAUUAUAAAUUUUGCCUCUACAUAUUCUAUGAUUAUAAUAACUAUGUGUAAAUAUAUAUGCACACCGAAAAAAUACUGUUAAACAAAUAUAAUUGAAGCAAAUGUUUGUUUCUGGCAACCAUAUAAUACAGCAAUAUUUAAUUGAACAUAUUUAUUUCCUUUUUUUUAUUCAACAGUAUUUUCUCUGUGUGAAAAUAUAUAAUUAUGUAUGUCAUUGUAUUAUUGAUUUUAUAGGGACUAUAUUUAUGUAGAUAGAUUAUUAUAUGCAUAAUUAUAUAUAAUUUAUAUACAGGAUAUUUGAAACGAGAUAGUCAAAAGUACAUAUGUAGAUAGGCAAGACUGAACAAAAAAUUCCUCUAAUAUUUUUUUAAACAACCAUGUAAAUUUUUGAGAUAUUAAUGAAAAAAGAUUGGCGAACCUGUGCGAUGCUGUGAAACGAGCUCUGUAAGCGAUUUCAAAAAUGAUUGAGAUUUGUGACGGUUUUUUAGUAACAUGGUAUAAUACGCUCUUAGUAAUAUGAUAAGAGAUACAAUAAAUUUAAGUAAUAGUUAUAUAACUGUUAAUUAUAAUUUCUCAUUUUCAACAAUAUAAGAGCCGAUUGUUCUAACUUCUUGGUAAGCUACUUAACAGUUAAAUUAUGUGUCUGUCUUUGUUUUUUCUUUACAUUAAACAAAGACAAACAUAUGAUUUAACCAUUAGGUAACUUACUAAGAAGUUGGAACAAUCGGUUCUCAUUGUUAUAUAAUACGUGUGUUAUAAUUAUAUUGUUGAAUGGGAUAUUAUAACUAACAAUUAUAUAAAUGUUAUUUGGUAUUUCCUGAGGACACGCUUGCGAUAGGUCAAAAACCAAUUAUCUACACGUCGCUCGCAUCGUUGCUUCACCUCCACCUUUAGCCGAUAACCACUGUCCCUAAGAGGUAGUCACGCUUCAGCCAUUUUCAAUGAAACAGCUUGUCCCACGGCAUCGUAUGUAUUGAUUUGCCUUUUUUUAUUAAUAUCUCGAAAUUGUACGUAGUUGUUGGAAAAACGAUAGAGGAACUUUUUGUUCAGUUUGACCUAAUCUACACACAUGUUUUUAGCCAUCUUGCGUAUCAGAUAUCUUGCAUGAUCAUAUAGAACUUUACAUGCAAUAAUAAUCAUUUUUCCCAUGUUGUUACGAUGUAAUUGCGAUCCAAGCCAAUAGUAGUCCUUGUGUAAGAUUAUCUCAUCAUUUUGUUAGUAUUAUUAGCUAAUAUUAUUAUAAAAAAAAUAUACGAUAUGGAUUCUUUUGUUGAAUAAA